AUGAUUAUCCCGGAUGUCAGGCUGGAGUACGUGGGGGAGAUCGCUUCCCUCGUCCUCAAGUUCAAGCCAGACAAGUGGAGCAAACUCACUGGAGCUGAGGAGAACGUGGCCUUGUUCAACGACUUCUUUGAAAAGACAGAUAUCUCCGUGCUGGUGUUGACCCUCAAUGCCGCUGGCUUGAUUGUCCCCUGCCUGGGCUUCCCAGAGUCCCUCAAGUCCAAGGGACUCUAUUUCAUCAAGACAAAGCCCGAAAGCAUCACCAAGGACAACUACAAGGCCCGCCUCCUCUAUGGAGACAUAAGCCCCACACCUGUGGAGCAGCUGAUUGUGACGGUGGAAGAGGUCCUCUACUCUCUGCUGAACCAAAGCGAGAACAUGGCUGGCUGGCCCCGCGUGGUCUCGGAAGAUAUCGUCAAGCAAGUGCACAAGCUGAAGAACGAGAUGUUUGUGAUGGGGGGCAAGAUCAAGGGGAAAACCCUGCUGCCCAUCCCAGAGCACCUGGGGAGUUUGGAUGGCACCCUGGAGUCCAUGGAGAGGAUUCCGUCUUCCCUGGACAACUCGCUCCUGCAUGCUAUCGAGACCAUCAUCAUUGACUGGUCCCACCAAAUCAGAGAUGUGCUAAGCAAAGACUCCUCCCAGGCCCUGCUGGAUGGCCUGCACCCCCUGCCCCGUGUGGAGUUCGAGUUCUGGGAUGCCCGGCUGAUGAACCUCCAAUGCAUCCAUGACCAGCUAAACAGACCCAAAGUGAACAAGAUAGUUGAGAUCCUAGAAAAAUCCAAAAGCUGCUACUGGCCAGCCCUACAAAAUGUCUACACGAAUGUCACUGAGGGGCUGAAGGAGGCCAACGACAUCGUCCUCUACCUGAAACCCCUGCGCAUCCUGCUGGAGGAGAUGGAGCAGGCGGACUUCACACUGCUCCCCACCUACAUUGCCAAGGCCAUGAACACCAUCUGCUUCAUCUGGGCCACCUCUGAGCACUACAACACGCCCUCCAGGGUCAUCGUCAUCCUGCAGGAGUUCUGUAACCAGAUCAUUGAGAUGACACGAACCUUCUUGAGCCCGGACGAGGUGCUGAAGGGCUUGCAGGGGGAGAUAGAGGAGGUCCUGAGUGGCAUCUCGCUGUCCGUGAGCGUCCUGAAGGAGCUCUUGCGCACCUAUGACUACUGCUGUGCAAACAUGAAGCUGUUCUUCAAGGACAAGCCCCCAGUGCCAUGGGAGUUCCCUUCAUCCCUUGCAUUCUCCAGGAUGAAUUCCUUCUUCCAUCGCAUCCAGACCAUCGAGGACCUUUAUAAAACGGCCAUCGAGUUUCUGAAGCUGGAGAAAAUAGAGAUAGGGGGCGUGCGGGGGAACACCCUGGGAAACCUGGUGACCCAGAUCUACGAAGAGGUCUUUGAGCUGGUGAAGGUUUUUGCUGAAUGCAAAUACGACCCCCUGGAUCCCGGAGACUCGAGUUUUGAUGACGAUUACUCCGAUUUUGAGACCAAAAUUCAAGACCUGGACCGGAGGCUGGCCACAAUCUUCUGCCAAGCCUUUGAUGACUGCAAUGCCAUCGAGUCCUCCGCAAAGCUUCUGCACAUGUGCGGGGGCCUCCUGGAGCGGCCUCUGAUCCUCGCCGAGGUGGUGCCCAAGUACUCGGUCAUGCUAGAGAUGUUCAAUACCGAGCUGGACAACGCCAAGCUCCUGUAUGAUGCCCAGAUGGCCGCCUCCGAGGAUGGCAGCAUCCCACCGAUCCACAAAAACAUGCCUCCUGUGGCGGGGCAGCUCAAGUGGAGCCUGGAGCUGCAGGAGCGGCUGGAGGUGUCCAGGAGGCACCUGAAACACAUCGAGCACCCGGUCAUGUCCAGUGUGGAGGCCAAGCUGAUCAGCCAAAAAUAUGACGAGAUGAUGGAGCUGCUGCGGGGCUACCGUGAGAAGAUCUACCAGCAGUGGGUGGAGCGGGUGGACCAGGACUGCCACUUCAACCUGGGGCAGCCACUCAUCCAGCGAGACCCCGCGACCAGCCUCAUCCACGUUAACUUCAGCAAAGCGUUGGUGGCAGUCCUGAGAGAAGUGAAGUAUUUGAACUUCCAGCAGCAGAAAGAGAUUCCAAGCAGCGCCGAGAAGCUCUUCUCAGACAAUGAAACCUUCCGGAAGUUUGUGGGCAACUUGGAGCUCAUUGUUGGCUGGUAUAACGAGAUAAAGAGAACCGUGAUGGAAGUGGAGUUUCCACUGAUAAAGUCAGAACUGGAAGCAAUUGACGUCCGACUGCUGACUGCCGAGACUACAUUGUUCUGGAAUGGGGAAGAUGUGUUUCAAUAUAUUCAAGAGAUGCGGGAAAUUCUCUAUAACCUGCAGAACAGGAUGCAAAAAGCCAAGCAAAACAUAGAGGGGAUCACCCAGGCCAUGAAGGACUGGUCGGCCAACCCCUUGUUUGAGAGGAAAGACAACAAAAAGGAGGCUCUAUUGGACCUGGAUGGAAGGGUGGCCAACCUGAACAAGCGUUACACAGCUGUCAAGGACGCCGGUGUGAGAAUCCAAGCUAUGGUUGCGGAAAACGCUGAGCUGUUCCGAGCAGACACGAGCAGCCAGUCCUGGAAGGACUACGUCAACUACAUUGACAACGUGGUCUUAGACGAGUUUGACCAUUUCAUCCACAAAUCUCUGCGGUACCUAACGGACAACAUGACGAUGGAUGAGAGCAUCGCACCCCUGUUUGAGAUCCGCAUGGAGCUGGAUGAGGAAGGGCUGACCUUCAACCCGUCGCUAGAGAUAGGCGAAGAGGAUGGCUUCUUGACGCUGAUCGAGGGCUUGAUCAACGACAUCUACAAUGUGGCCAGGCUCAUUCCCCGGCUGGCCAAGGGCAGGAUGAACUACAAGUCGGACCUAGAGGACAUGGCAGAGCUCAUAGAGAUGAGGGACGAGCUGUCCAACCUGGUCAUCGGUGCCAUGAAGGAGGCCGAGGAGUACGAGGAUUCCUUUGAGAAGUACUCCUACCUCUGGGUGGACGACCUCCAAGAGUUCAUGAAGAACUUCCUAAUUUUUGGACACGCACCUACCGCUGAAGAACUGGACGCCAGGACAGAUGAAACCAUCCCUAAGAUACCACCGACCCUGGCUCAGUUCCAGCAGCAGAUCGACUCCUACGAGAAGCUGUACGAGGAGGUGACCAAAUGCGAGAACUCCAAGGUGUUCCUGGGCUGGCUGCAGUGCGACUGCCGCCCGUUCAAGCAGGCCCUGCUGAACACCAUCAAGCGCUGGAGCUUCCUGUUCAAGCGGCACCUCAGCAACCACGUCAUCAACAGCCUUGCCGAGCUGGAAGAGUUCAUGAACGUCACGCGGACGGGCCUAAAGAAGCCACUCCAGGAGGGGGACUAUGAUGGGCUCGUGGAGAUGAUGGGGCACUUGAUGAAGGUCAAGGACAGGCAGGCGGCAACAGACAGCAUGUUCGAGCCCCUGAAGCAGACCAUUGAGUUGCUCAAGACCUAUGGAGAGGAGAUGCCGGAGGAGAUCUACCUGAAGCUGCAGGAGCUGCCUGAGAAGUGGACAAACACCAAGAAACUGGCCAUUCAGGUGAAGCAGAACGUGGCUCCCCUCCAGGCCAACGAGGUCAACAUCCUGCGGCGGAAGUGCCAGCAAUUCGAGAUCAAGCAGCAUGAGUUCAGAGAGAAGUUCAGACGAGAUGCUCCGUUCUCCUUCAGUGACCCCGACCCCUACAAGUCCCUGAAUAAGCAACAAAAGAGCAUCGUGAGCAUGGAGGCCGUCAUGGAGGCCCUGUGCAAGUCGGCAGGCCUGUUCGAGGUCACGGUCCCAGACUACAAGCAGCUCAAAGCCUGCCACAGGGAGGUCCGCCUGCUGAAGGAGCUCUGGGACAUGAUCGUCAUGGUUAACACCAGCAUUGAUGACUGGAAGACCACCAAGUGGAAGGAUAUCAAUGUGGAGCAGAUGGACAUUGACUGUAAGAAGUUUGCCAAGGAUGUGAGGUCCCUAGACAAGGAGAUGAAGACCUGGGACGCCUUCGUGGGACUCGAUAACACCGUGAAAAACAUGAUCACGUCCCUGCGCGCCGUGAGUGAGCUGCAGAACCCCGCCAUCCGGGACCGUCACUGGCAGCAGCUCAUGCAGGCCACGCAGGUGAAGUUUGAAAUGUCCGACGAGACCACCCUGGCAGACCUGCUGCAGCUGAACCUGCACAAGUACGAGGACGAGGUCCGCAACAUCGUGGACAAGGCGGUGAAGGAGUCUGGGAUGGAGAAGGUCCUGAAAGCUCUGGAUAGCACCUGGACCACCAUGGAAUUUGAGCACGAGCCCCACCCGCGGACGGGCAUCAUGAUGCUGAAGUCGGACGAGGUGCUGGUGGAGACCCUGGAGGACAACCAGGUGCAGCUGCAGAACCUGAUGAUGUCCAAGUACCUGUCCCACUUCCUGAAGGAGGUGACCAGCUGGCAGCAGAAGCUGUCCACCGCGGACUCUGUCAUCUCCAUCUGGUUUGAGGUCCAGAGAACCUGGAGCCACCUGGAGAGCAUAUUCAUCGGCUCCGAAGACAUCCGAGCGCAGCUCCCCGAGGACUCCCAACGCUUCGACACCAUCGACCAGGAAUUCAAGGCCUUGAUGGAAGAUGCCGUGAAAACUCCAAACGUCGUGAAGGCCACCAACAAACCAGGUCUCUAUGAUAAACUUGAGGUGCUCAAGAAGAGCCUGUCCGUGUGCGAAAAGGCCUUGGCAGAAUAUUUAGAGACAAAGAGACUGGCUUUCCCAAGGUUCUAUUUUGUCUCCGCGGCUGACCUGCUGGACAUCCUGUCCAAUGGAAACGACCCUGUAGAGGUGAGCCGCCACCUGUCCAAACUCUUCGACAGCCUGUGCAAACUGAAGUUCCGACUGGAUGCCACGGAGAAACCGCUCAAGAUCGGCCUGGGCAUGUACAGCAAGGAGGACGAGUUCGUGGACUUUGAUCAGGAAUGCGACCUCUCAGGCCAGGUGGAAGUCUGGCUGAACCGGGUGCUGGACCGAAUGUGCGCCACGCUGAGGCACGAAAUCCCAGAAGCCGUGGUGACCUAUGAGGAGAAGCCUAGGGAGCAGUGGAUCUUUGACUACCCAGCCCAGGUGGCGCUGACGUGUACACAGAUCUGGUGGACCACCGAGGUGGGCCUGGCGUUUGCGCGGCUGGAGGAAGGAUAUGAAAACGCUAUCAAAGACUACAACAAAAAGCAGAUCAGCCAGCUGAACGCGCUCAUCACCCUUCUUAUUGGAAACCUGAGCCCUGGCGACAGGAUGAAGAUCAUGACCAUCUGCACCAUCGACGUGCACGCUCGGGACGUGGUGGCCAAGAUGAUCACUGCCAAGGUGGAGAGCUCGCAGGCCUUCACGUGGCAGUCACAGCUGCGGCACCGCUGGGACGAGGAGAAGAAACAUUGCUUCGCCAACAUCUGUGACGCCCAGAUCCAGUAUUCCUAUGAGUAUCUGGGCAACACGCCGAGGCUGGUCAUCACGCCGCUCACGGACAGGUGCUACAUCACGCUCACCCAGUCCCUCCACCUGAUCAUGGGCGGAGCCCCUGCAGGCCCUGCUGGUACCGGCAAAACCGAGACAACCAAAGACCUGGGCAGAGCCCUGGGCACCAUGGUGUAUGUCUUCAACUGCUCCGAGCAAAUGGACUAUAAGUCGUGCGGAAACAUCUACAAGGGCCUGGCCCAGACCGGAGCCUGGGGCUGCUUCGAUGAGUUUAAUCGGAUCUCCGUGGAAGUCCUGUCUGUGAUCGCUGUGCAGGUAAAAUGUGUUCAAGAUGCAAUCCGGGCCAAGAAGAAGAGCUUCAGCUUCCUGGGGGAGAUGAUACGGCUCAUCCCCACCGUGGGCAUCUUCAUCACCAUGAACCCUGGGUACGCUGGGCGCACGGAGCUGCCUGAGAACCUGAAAGCUCUAUUCAGGCCCUGCGCCAUGGUUGUCCCCGACUUUGAGCUCAUCUGUGAGAUCAUGUUGGUGGCCGAGGGCUUCCUGGACGCCCGCCUGUUGGCCCGGAAGUUCAUCACUCUCUACACCCUGUGCAAAGAGCUGCUCUCCAAACAGGAUCACUAUGACUGGGGCUUGCGGGCCAUCAAGUCUGUGCUGGUGGUAGCUGGCUCCCUGAAGAGAGGGGACCCCACCCGGGCAGAGGACCAGGUGCUCAUGAGGGCACUAAGAGACUUCAACAUCCCCAAGAUUGUGACCGAUGACCUGCCAGUGUUCAUGGGCUUAAUUGGGGACCUCUUCCCGGCCCUGGACGUUCCUCGGAAACGAGACUUGAAUUUUGAGAAGAUCAUCAAGCAGAGCAUCGUGGAGCUCAAGCUGCAGGCUGAGGACAGCUUCGUGCUGAAGGUGGUGCAGCUGGAGGAGCUGCUGCAAGUGCGCCACUCGGUGUUUGUCAUUGGGAACGCAGGCAGCGGCAAGUCCCAGGUGCUCAAGUCCCUCAACAAGACCUAUCAGAACCUGAAGAGGAAGCCAGUGGCCGUGGACCUGGACCCCAAGGCUGUCACCUGUGAUGAGCUAUUCGGCAUCAUCAACCCGGCCACCAGGGAGUGGAAAGACGGUCUGUUCUCUACCAUCAUGAGGGACCUUGCCAACAUCACGCACGAUGGCCCCAAGUGGAUCGUCCUGGACGGGGACAUAGACCCCAUGUGGAUCGAGUCCCUCAACACGGUCAUGGAUGACAACAAGGUUCUCACACUGGCCAGCAAUGAGCGAAUCCCCUUGAACCGCACCAUGAGGCUGGUGUUUGAGAUCAGUCACCUGAGGACGGCCACCCCAGCCACAGUCUCCAGAGCCGGCAUACUCUACAUCAACCCCGCUGAUCUAGGAUGGAACCCGGUGGUGAGCAGCUGGAUCGAGAGGCGCAAGGUGCAGUCCGAGAAGGCUAACCUGAUCAUCCUCUUCGACAAGUACCUGCCCACGUGCCUGGACAAGCUGCGCGUGGGCUUCAAGAGGAUCACGCCGGUUCCCGAGAUCACUGUCAUCCAGACCGUCCUGAACCUGCUGGAGUGUUUACUCACGGAGAGGAACACGCCGCCCGACUCCCCCAAGGAGCUGUACGAGCUCUAUUUCGUGUUCGCCUGCUUCUGGGCUUUUGGUGGCGCCAUGUUCCAGGACCAGCUCAUCGAUUAUCGAGUCGAAUUCAGCAAAUGGUGGGUCAACGAGUUUAAAACCAUCAAGUUGCCCUCACAGGGGACAAUUUUUGACUACUUCAUCGACCCUGACACAAAGAAGUUCCUGCCGUGGACAGAUAAAGUGCCCGCCUUUGAACUGGAUCCUGAUGUCCCGCUGCAGGCCUCUCUGGUUCACACCACGGAAACCAUGCGCAUUCGAUACUUUAUGGACCUGCUCAUGGAGAAAUCGUGGCCGGUGAUGCUGGUGGGGAACGCAGGCACGGGCAAGUCAGUGCUGAUGGGGGACAAGCUGGACAGCCUGAGCACUGACGAAUACCUGGUGCAGGCUGUGCCCUUCAACUUCUACACGACCUCAGCCAUGCUGCAGGGAGUGCUGGAGAAACCUCUGGAAAAGAAGUCGGGGAGGAAUUACGGGCCACCCGGCACCAAGAAGCUGAUCUACUUCAUCGACGACAUGAACAUGCCUGAGGUGGACAAGUACGGGACGGUGGCCCCGCACACCCUCAUCCGCCAGCACAUGGACCACGGGCACUGGUAUGACAGGCAGAGGCUGACAUUAAAGGACGUCCACAACUGUCAGUAUGUGGCGUGCAUGAACCCCACAUCUGGCUCCUUCACCAUUGACCCCAGACUACAGCGCCACUUCUGUGUGUUCGCCGUGAGCUUCCCCGGCCAAGAGGCCCUCACGACCAUCUACAACACGAUCCUGUCGCAGCACCUGUCCUACCGCUCGGUGCCCAUGGUGGUUCAGAGGCUGAGCAACCAGCUGGUGGCCUCAGCCCUGGCCUUGCAUCAGAAAAUCGCAGCAACGUUCCUUCCCACGGCCAUUAAGUUUCAUUACAUCUUCAACCUCAGGGACCUCUCCAAUAUUUUCCAGGGCAUUUUGUUUUCCACAACAGAGAUUCUGAAAACCCCAUUGGACCUCGUCCGCCUGUGGCUUCAUGAGGCUGAACGGGUGUACGGGGACAAGAUGGUCGAUGAAAAAGAUCAGGAGACACUGCGCCGAGUCACCAUUGCUUCCACCAAGAAAUUCUUUGAUGAUCUUGGUGAAGAACUCUUAUUUGCCAAGCCGAACAUCUUCUGCCACUUUGCCCAAGGAAUCGGCGACCCCAAGUACUUCUCUGUCACAGACGUGGCUCAGCUGAACAAGCUCCUUGUAGAUGUCCUUGAUAGUUACAAUGAAGUCAACGCGGUCAUGAAUUUGGUGCUGUUUGAAGAUGCCGUGGCUCACAUCUGCAGGAUCAACCGCAUCCUGGAGUCGCCCCGUGGAAACGCCCUGCUGGUGGGCGUGGGUGGCAGCGGGAAGCAGAGCCUCUCUCGCCUGGCCGCAUACAUCAGUGCCCUGGAUGUGUUCCAGAUCACCCUCAAGAAAGGCUACGGGGUCACAGACCUCAAGAUCGACCUGGCCGCCCAGUACAUCAAGGCCGCAGUGAAGAAUGUGCCCUCUGUGUUCCUGAUGACGGACUCACAGGUGGCGGAGGAGCAGUUCCUGGUGCUCAUCAAUGACCUGCUGGCCUCGGGGGAGAUCCCGGGGCUGUUUGCAGACGACGAGCUGGAGAACAUCAUCUCCUCCAUGCGGCCGCAGGUGAAGGGCAUGGGCUUGUCGGACACCCGGGAGGCAUGCUGGAAGUUCUUCAUCGAUAGAGUGCGCAAGCAGCUCAAGGUGAUUCUGUGUUUCUCCCCUGUGGGCUCCGUCCUGCGUGUGCGAGCCAGGAAGUUUCCUGCCGUGGUCAACUGCACAGCCAUCAACUGGUUCCAUGAGUGGCCUGAGGACGCUCUGGUGUCUGUCAGCGCUCGCUUCCUGCAGGAGACAGAGGGCAUCCAGCCCGAGGUCAAGCACUCCAUCAGCCUCUUCAUGGCCUACGUGCACACCACUGUCAACGAGAUGUCCAAGGUGUACCUGGCCAUCGAGAGGCGCUACAAUUACACCACGCCCAAGACCUUUCUGGAGCAGAUCAAGCUCUACCAGAGCCUGCUGGCCAAGAAGCGGAUGGAGCUGGUGGCCAAAAUCGAGCGGCUGGAGAACGGCCUGAUGAAACUACAGAGCACGGCUUCCCAGGUAGACGACUUAAAGGCCAAGCUGGCGAUCCAGGAAACCGAGCUGAAGCAGAAGAACGAGAACGCAGACAAGCUGAUCCAGGUGGUAGGCGUGGAGACCGAGAAGGUCAGCAAAGAGAAAGCCAUUGCGGACGAGGAGGAGAUCAAGGUCGAGGUCAUCAACAAGAAUGUCACUGAGAAGCAAAAGGCUUGUGAAACGGACCUGGCCAAGGCAGAGCCCGCCCUGCUGGCCGCCCAGGAGGCCCUGGACACCCUGAACAAGAACAACCUGACCGAGCUGAAGUCCUUCGGGUCCCCCCCGGACGCUGUGGUCAAUGUUACGGCGGCCGUCAUGAUUCUGACCGCGCCUGGGGGCAAGAUCCCCAAGGACAAGAGCUGGAAGGCCGCGAAGAUCAUGAUGGGCAAGGUGGACACGUUCCUGGACUCGCUAAAGAAGUUUGACAAGGAGCACAUCCCCGAGGCCUGCCUGAAGGCCUUCAAGCCCUACCAAGGCAACCCCACCUUCGACCCUGAGUUCAUCCGCUCCAAGUCCACGGCCGCCGCGGGUCUGUGCUCCUGGUGCAUUAACAUAGUGCGUUUCUACGAGGUGUACUGCGACGUGGCCCCCAAGAGGCAGGCGCUGGAGGAGGCCAAUGCUGAGCUGGCAGAGGCCCAGGACAAGCUGUCCCGGAUCAAAAACAAGAUUGCGGAACUCAAUGCCAACCUCAGCAAUCUGACCUCAGCAUUUGAAAAAGCAACAGCUGAGAAAAUCAAGUGUCAACAGGAGGCCGAUGCCACAAAUCACGUGAUCUCAUUGGCUAACAGGCUGGUGGGCGGCCUGGCAUCAGAAAACGUGCGCUGGGCUGAAUCGGUGGAGAACUUCAAAUGCCAGGGGAUCACCCUGUGUGGGGACGUCCUGCUCAUCUCCGCCUUUGUUUCCUACGUGGGUUACUUUACCAAGAAGUACCGAAACGAGCUGAUGGAAAAGUUUUGGAUCCCUUACAUCAAUAAGUUACAGGUCCCCAUUCCCAUCACAGAGGGCCUGGACCCCUUGACUCUGCUGACAGACGAUGCGGACGUGGCCUCCUGGAACAACCAGGGUCUACCCAGUGACCGCAUGUCCACUGAGAAUGCCACCAUCUUGUGCAACACAGAGCGCUGGCCCCUGAUCGUGGACGCCCAGCUUCAGGGGAUCAAGUGGAUCAAAAACAAAUACGGCAACGAGCUGAAGGCCAUCCGCCUGGGGCAGAAGAGCUACCUGGACAUUAUCGAGCAGGCCAUUUCAGAGGGGGACAUCCUACUCAUCGAGAACAUCGGCGAGACUGUGGACCCUGUGCUGGACCCGCUGCUGGGCAGGAACACGAUCAAAAAGGGGAGGUACAUUAAGAUUGGAGACAAGGAGGUGGAGUACCACCCCAACUUCCGCCUGAUCCUUCACACAAAGUACUUUAACCCCCACUACAAGCCUGAGAUGCAGGCGCAGUGCACCCUCAUCAACUUCCUGGUCACCAGGGACGGGCUUGAGGACCAACUCCUGGCCGCAGUGGUGGCCAAAGAGCGCCCAGACCUCGAGCAGCUAAAGGCGAGCCUCACGAAGUCUCAGAACGAAUUCAAGAUUGUUCUGAAGGAACUGGAAGACUCCCUCCUGGCUCGGCUGUCAGCUGCAUCGGGGAACUUUCUGGGAGACACGGCCUUGGUGGAAAACCUGGAGACCACCAAGCACACAGCCAGUGAGAUCGAGGAGAAGGUCCAAGAAGCAAAAAUCACUGAAGCGAAAAUCAACGAGGCGAGGGAGAACUAUCGGCCUGCUGCGGCCCGGGCCUCCCUGCUCUACUUCAUCCUGAACGAUCUCAACAAGAUCAACCCUAUCUACCAGUUCUCACUCAAGGCCUUCAACGUGGUGUUCGAGAAAGCCAUCCAGAAGACCGCCCCCGCCGACGAGGUGAAGCAGCGGGUGACCAACCUGACGGAUGAGAUCACCUACUCCGUGUACGUGUACACGGCCCGGGGGCUCUUCGAGCGGGACAAGCUCAUCUUCCUGGCACAAGUCACGUUCCAGGUCUUAUCCAUGAAGAAGGAGCUGAACGCCACAGAGCUGGACUUCCUCCUGCGGUUCCCUUUCAAGGCCGGCGUCGUGUCACCCGUGGACUUUCUGCAGCACCAGAGCUGGGGCGGGAUCAAGGCCCUGGCAGAGAUGGACGAGUUCAAAAACCUGGACAGCGACAUCGAAGGUUCUGCCAAGCGGUGGAAGAAGCUGGUGGAGUCAGAGGCCCCAGAGAAGGAGAUCUUCCCGAAGGAGUGGAAAAACAAGACCGCGCUGCAGAAGCUCUGCAUGGUUCGCUGCAUGAGGCCUGACCGCAUGACCUAUGCCGUCAAGAACUUUGUGGAGGAGAAGAUGGGGAGCAAGUUCGUGGAAGGCCGGAGCGUGGAGUUCUCCAAGUCCUACGAGGAGAGCAGCCCCUCCACGCCAAUCUUCUUCAUCCUGUCCCCUGGGGUUGACCCCCUCAAAGACGUGGAAGCCCUGGGGAAAAGGCUGGGGUUUACCAUAGACAAUGGGAAACUCCAUAACGUGUCCCUGGGGCAGGGGCAAGAGGUGGUGGCCGAGAAUGCUCUGGAUGUGGCUGCGGAGAACGGGCACUGGGUCAUUCUACAGAACAUCCACCUGGUGGCCCGCUGGCUGAGCACCCUGGACAAGAAGGUGGAACGCUACAGCACGGGCAGCCACCCCGACUACCGCGUGUUCAUCAGUGCGGAGCCCGCCCCCAGUCCUGAGUCACACAUCAUCCCCCAGGGCAUCCUGGAAAAUGCCAUCAAAAUCACCAAUGAGCCGCCCACCGGCAUGCACGCCAACCUGCACAAGGCACUGGAUCUCUUCACUCAGGACACCCUGGAGAUGUGCACCAAGGAGCUAGAGUUCAAGUGCAUCCUGUUUGCCCUGUGCUACUUCCACGCUGUGGUUGCUGAGAGGCGCAAGUUUGGCGCCCAAGGCUGGAACCGGUCGUACCCCUUUAACAACGGGGACCUCACCAUCUCCAUCAACGUCCUCUACAACUACCUGGAAGCCAACCCCAAGGUACCCUGGGAUGACCUCCGCUACCUGUUCGGAGAGAUCAUGUACGGUGGCCACAUCACCGACGACUGGGACCGCCGCCUCUGCAGGACCUACCUGGCAGAAUACGUCAGGGCGGAGAUGUUGGAGGGAGAGGUGCUGCUGGCCCCCGGGUUUCAGAUCCCCCCCAACCUGGACUACAAGGGCUACCAUGAAUACAUUGACGAGAACCUCCCCCCAGAGAGCCCCUAUCUGUACGGCCUGCACCCCAACGCAGAGAUUGGCUUUCUGACAGUCACCUCGGAGAAGCUGUUUCGCACCGUCCUGGAGAUGCAGCCCAAGGAGACAGACUCGGGAGCGGGCACCGGCGUGUCCCGUGAGGAGAAGGUGAAGUCUGUGUUGGAUGACAUCCUCGAGAAGAUUCCAGAGACCUUCAACAUGGCGGAGAUCAUGGCCAAAGCUGCCGAGAAGACCCCCUACGUGGUGGUGGCCUUCCAAGAAUGUGAACGGAUGAACAUCCUCACCAAUGAGAUGCGACGCUCCCUGAAGGAGCUGAACCUGGGCCUGAAGGGGGAACUGACCAUCACAACUGACAUGGAAGACCUGUCCACAGCUCUGUUCUACGAUACCGUACCCGACACAUGGGUGACCCGGGCCUACCCCUCCAUGAUGGGGCUGGCAGCCUGGUAUGCUGAUCUGCUACUUCGCAUCAGGGAGCUUGAGGCCUGGACGACAGACUUCGCCCUGCCCACCACCGUGUGGCUCGCUGGCUUCUUCAACCCCCAGUCAUUCCUCACAGCCAUCAUGCAGUCCAUGGCCAGGAAGAACGAGUGGCCUCUGGACAAGAUGUGUCUGUCUGUGGAAGUGACCAAGAAGAACCGUGAAGACAUGACUGCUCCCCCCCGAGAGGGCUCCUACGUGUAUGGGCUCUUCAUGGAAGGAGCUCGCUGGGACACCCAGACUGGAGUCAUUGCUGAAGCACGGCUGAAGGAUCUGACACCAGUCAUGCCCGUCAUCUUCAUCAAGGCCGUUCCUGUGGACCGAAUGGAGACCAAGAACAUAUAUGAAUGCCCCGUGUAUAAGACACGCAUCCGCGGCCCCACCUACGUGUGGACCUUUAACCUGAAGACCAAAGAGAAGGCGGCCAAAUGGAUCCUGGCGGCCGUGGCGCUGCUCCUGCAGGUGUAG